AUGGUUAACAGGAGGCUGACCUGGUUCCUUGAGACUAACAAUAUUCUUAGGAGUGAGCAAGCCGGUUCGAGGCCACAAAGAUCAACGAACCAACAAGAAGCCCCUUUCUCUCAACACAUCAAAGAUGUCCUUGAUGCAAGAAAUACCCUUACUGCUGUUUUCGUCGAUUUCAAAUCAGCAUAUGACUUAGUAUGGAAAGAGAAGCUAAUUCUAAAAUUGGCAAAGAUUGGUAUUAAGCAUAACAUACUAAACUGGAUAAAAGCAUUCAUUGGACAAAGAUCGUGUAAAGUCAGAUACGGGAAUCCUCUAUCAAAAUCCAAUCUUUUACAAACAGGUCUUUCACAGGGAGCUGUCACAAGCUGCACUCUUUUCAACGUCUUCAUCGAUGACGUAGCCGAAUUGGUACAGACAGUCACGGGCGUUAAGUGCUUACUCUAUGCAGAUGAUCUUGUUCUAUGGUAUUCCGCCCCUAAGAAAAACGCUAAGGAGAGGACAGAAAGUGCCCUAAAUUGUACAAUUAAACUACUAGCAAACUGGUGCGACAACAAUAGAAUGGUAAUUGACACCGCAAAAACUGCAUUCCAAACAUUUUCUUUGGCCCAUCACAGCAUAAACCCUCUUUUAAGGUACAAGGAUUCUACCAUAGAAAAAACCAAUGAGUUCACUUUCCUCGGAAUGACGUUUUACACAAAGCUAACGUGGAAAAGUCACAUUGCUAAAAUAGCAGAACGAGUCUCCAAUAGACUGAAUGUCCUGAAGCGUCAUGCUGGUAGCGUAUGGGGCNCUCCUCCAGAGCAAAUGCGCUCACUGACCCUUGAGACAAUCAAUGUCAACUAUCCUGGAGAUCAAUGGCUCCAAGUCUUCACUGAUGGGUCAUACAUAGAAAACCAAGCAAACGUUGGUGCAGGUGUCUAUUCUGAACUCUUCUCAUUCUUCGCAGCAGCGAGACAUAAUAGAUCCGCUUUUGAAGGAGAAAUAGAGACUAUUAGGAUAGCACUAUGCCAAUUAUGUUGCCUGGAUACGAAAUUCACCAAAGCGGUGAUACUUUCGGACUCACAGUCAGCAAUAGACUCUAUUGGAAACAGAGAGACACCUAAAACAGCUGAGAUAAAGGAAUAUAGAAAACUCUAUGAGCUGCUGAGGGAGAAAAACAAAACAUUGGUCCUACAAUGGAUUCCUGGUCACUGUGGCAUUAAAUGCAAUGAGAUUGCUGACACACCUGCUAAGAAGGGGACAAAGAUUUUGCAAUGCAUGGACCGGCUGUUGUCUUUCCACACAAUGAAGGCCUUAAUCAGGAGAAAAUUUCAGACCUCGAGGUUCAACGAACUCAAAGCUCGAACAAAGGAGAAACAGUGGACAGUGGCACUUUCCGACAUAGCCGACUGGCCAAGAAUCGAAGUCGUUGCUGAGUUUAGACUACGUACCGGACACGAUUGCUUGGCAAAACACCUUCACAGAUUGGGAGUAUACACUCAACCCACAUGCUCUCUAUGUAACCUACAUGAGGAAAUGGAGAUGACCCACCUGAUUCGGUGUCCAGCCCUAAAGACAACGACGGAAAGCCAGAGAUACUGGGAAGCAAGAAGACUGCUAAUGAACUGCCAUUAA